CCCACGAUGUCCUGCAUGGAGGCCCAGCAACAGCCGCCACCCAUCUCCGCAGGAGCUACUGCCACCGCCACCGUGACUUCGGGGUCCACUGGAUGUCACCGUGGCUCCACAGAAGGCGACCUGGAGUGCCUGGUGUGUCGGGAGCCCUACAGCUGCGCCCGGUGCCCCAAGGUGCUGAGCUGCCAGCACACCUUCUGUGCCGUCUGCCUGAAGCUCCUGCUGUGCGUGCAGGACGACAGCUGGGUGGUCACCUGCCCGCUGUGUCGAAAGCCCACCACUGUCCCUGGAGGUCUCAUCUGCAGCCUGCGUGACCAGGAGACGGUGGUGGGGCGGUUGGCCCAGCCAUGCCUGGAAGUGCGGCUCUGUCCCCAGGGGCUGGCGGGUGCCACAACUUCAGAGGCAGGGCAUCACCCCAGCUUGGCAGGAGAGGACGAGCAAGACGCGGCCAGUGCCAAUCGCGUGGCGGCCCGACGCCUGGCAGUGCACCUGCUCCUGCUGGUCCUGCUCAUCAUCCUCAUCCUGCCCUUCAUCUACCCAGGCGUCAUCCGGUGGGUGCUGGCCAUCAUUAUGGCCCUGGCCUUGCUGAUGUCCACCCUGUUCUGCUGUUACCCCCACAGCCAGGGCAGCCACUGGCCCUGCCCCAGGACUCUCCUCUGCAGAGAGCGGAAACAUAGCCAGAUUGCUUCCAUCGCCUGA